UUUUGUUAUAGAGUUGUGUUCACUUUUCAGUUUUCCCACCUCAGCACAGUGAUGAUGAAUCAAGUAGUGAUGAAACCAGCAAUCGAUCCAGUCCCACACUGAGAAGACGGCGUGCAAAGAAGAGGCUAGUUUCUAACUCUGAAUCUGAGAGUGGGGCACCUAAUGAACAGGAAGCUGAACCUCCUGAAGAGCAGCGACAAAAACGCCAAUUUAGUAGCGGCCUUAACAGGUGCAUUAUAUUAGCUUUGGUGAUAGCAAUCAGCAUGGGAUUUGGACACUUCUAUGGUAAACCUGAAGGUACAAUUCAGAUCCAGAAACGACAACAACUGGUAGAAAGGACACAUGAAGAUGAAAUAAAUGGUAUGAAAGAUGACCUUUACCAGUGCCAACGAGAGCAAGGAGUUAAAGCAGACUAUAAGGUGGGGUCACUAAAAGAAGACCUUGCAACAUGUCUGAUUUCUACAGAGGUAGAAAAGAAAUCAUUUGAAUCUCAGAAAAAAAGUCUUACUGCAGAAAACCAACACUUAAGGGAAUCUCUGGAGAGGGAAGAAAAAGCCUUGGACAUGCUGCAGGAAGAGUUAAGGAAGUUGAGAGAACAAAUUAGAAACUUAGAAGAUAAAGGUACUAGUACAGAGUCAGUUGCCAUGGAAAAUAAAAAACUUAAGGUAUAUUUGGAAGAGGAAAAGCAAAAAAUACAUAAUUUUCUUAGGCAAAAGGAGACACUUUUUGCAGAAGCACAAAUGUUGAGGAGAGAACUAGACAAAGAGCGUCAUAUAACCGAAGCUCUAAGAGAAGAGUUGGAGCAGUUAAGUUCUCAUCAGACACCCGACCACAGAGACACUGAAAAUACAUUGAGGGAGAACGAAGAAAUAGAAAUUUUGCGAGGAAGACUAACAGAGCUGGAAAAGAAGCUAAACUUUGAACAACAACGUUCUGAUUUGUGGGAAAAACUGUAUGUUGAAGUGAAAGACCAAACUGAAAAGCAGGAAACGAAUGAAAAAGGACAAAAGAAAGAUAGUAGAGGAACAAGACAAACCAAAAAGAAAGCCAAAGAAUCAUUUUUUGGCUCUGUUAAAGAAACUUUUGAUGCCAUGAAGAAUUCCACAAAGGAGUUUGUAAGACACCACAAAGAAAAGAUUAAACAGGCUAAAGAAGCAGUGAAAGAAAACUUGAAAAAAUUCUCUGAUUCUGUGAAGUCCACAUUCAGACACUUCAAAGACACAACUAAAAACAUCUUUGAUGAAAAGAAGUCUGAUAAAAAAUAUGAAGCAAACAAAAAAGGUAAAGCUGUCUAUCGGGAAUAUAAUACUCAUGAGAAUCCUUCUAAGUAUACACAUCACAGCGGGCCUAGCAUGAAAAAAGAAUUCAGAGAAGGAAGAAAACAAAGAUCAACUCACUUCACAUUUGAAAAAGACACUAAUUCACAGAAAUGCACCAAUAACCCAGAAUGUAAUAGAAAACAUCACUCUGUCCUAAAGGGCUGUUCUGGUAUUUUUGAAUGCGCUCAUCAGGAAUUUAUUAGCCUGUUUAACAAAGUACUGGACCCUAUUAGGGCUGAAGAAUUUAAUCAAUUAAUGCAAAAAUAUUUGCAGCAAGAAGUAGACAGUUUUCAUCACUGGAGAGAAUUAGAGAAUUUCAUUAAUAAGUUUUUCCAUAAUGGGGUCUUUAUUCAUGACCAGAUGCUGUUCACUGACUUUGUUAGUGACGUUAAGGAUUAUCUUGAAGACAUGAAGGAGUACAAAAGUGACAAUGAAGGGAUGUUUGAAGAUUUGGAUAAAUACAUCUAUAGAUACUACUUUCAUUAUGAUAAUUCACCUCAAUACGGACCAAGUCGACCUGCUAAGAGGCCUACUUUCACACAAACUGAAAGUUCCAGACAUGAAAAACAAACUCAGAAGCACCAUCAACGUAAUAAGAGAGAAGAUCUGAAGAUUUUGUUUGGCUACUCAGAUGUCUUUAGAAUUUCUUUGAAGACAAGUUUGUCAAGUUACAGCUUUAGCUGUCAACAUGUAUGGUAAAACGCCUUAUAUCUUUCUGGGGGCUCUUCUUGGAGUUGCCGGAGGAGUCUACAUCUAUAAACCAAUAUUUGAACAAUAUAACAGAAACCAGAAUAAAUUAAAA